GUCGAAGUGUAUAUGCAUCGGUGCAAUUGUUGUCGCUUUGUGUGUAACUUGGCCAUCGCUGGUGCUCUAUGGGACACGUACAACUCGUAUAGCUAAUAUAACUUCAUUUUCGUGUUCUUUGCAAAACAAUUACGAUGUGACGUCAUACCCAAUGGCAUAUUUUGCUUUGUUGACAUCUACGACAGCAAUAGUGUUUGCGGUCCUGAUAAUACUUUAUUACGCCAUUGUAAUUCAAAUACACAAACACAGGAAAUUCAAGCAGAAUCAAACUUCCCAUGUACAGCAGAUAAUUGACGAAAGAUCAAUAACAGUAAAGUCUGAUCAUGAACAAUCAAACGGUGUGAACGGUGGAAACAAAAUGCCAUUGACUCGCAAUGUUUAUCCCAAUAUUGAGCCUGCACAAACCAAUUCAAUCCAUAAUGAAUUAAAUAAUGAUGAAAGUAAUGGAACUAGCCUACAGCUGCUACCUAUGCUAGGUACUGUUCUUGCGACCAGCUGCGCGAAUUUGGAUGUAAAGAAUAGCGAUGAACCGAACGCUCUUCAAAAUGGGUCAGCAAUAAAUGAGAAACACCAGUUGGAAGACGUAGAUGCUUUGGACGGUGAUGCAUUGUCAAAAACACAAGCUUCUGCAGAAGGGCAACAUGCAAAGGUGAAGAGAAAGACAAAACGAAUCCGGUAUAUGUUUGUAAGAGGCUCCUCAACCCUUACCGCAUCUGGUCGAAACAGGUGUUCACACUGCGUUACUGUUCGGAUAGGACGCUCGACCAUGAUGUUGUUCUUAAUAACAAUCGCGUACGUAUUGAGUUUUCUGCCGUUCUACACACUGGUGAUCAUGCGACAGAUCAACCCAUUGUAUUUUAUGAACUUACCAGAAACAUCCAAGUCCUCGUACAUGGCUUAUUUGGUGUUUGUGAGAUCCUAUAUACUUUCCAGCGCCAUAAACCCAUUCAUAUAUUCGUUCUGUAACAUUCAGUUUAGAAACCAUUGCAAAGAACUGUUCUCGAAGAUUGUUUUCUGCCGACAACGAACCGAGAGAAAUUCCAGAUUGAACCGUUGUCAUUAAAUAUGUGUUUGAUAUGUAAGUAUACUGACGUUACUUGAAAUUGAAAUAUGUGUUUGGUAUUUAAUUUAUACUAACGUUACUUGCAAUUGUGAUCCCAAAUGUAAUGACCAAUUGUAUUGUUUACAAA